AAACAGUGACCAAUCAGGUUGCUUUGACAAAUAUGUUAAGCUUAUCCAGCCUGGAGAUCUUUGGCUUCUGCCAGGCCCUGUGCUGCUGUUGCAUGGAGGAUUUUUAGUCGAACCUUUUGGACAGCAGAGGUAACACUGUGCCAUGCUUGAGCCUUUAAAAGUCUAAAGGUAGAGUAUGUGUGCGAUGUCGCAGACAGGGUUUAGAGUUGGUCUCCUGCUCCUGCUCUGUGUCGUCAGAUGCGUUGCGGAGGAAUCGACGCCAAGUAAAGGCUGCGUUUGUGGGUAUCCUGGGAUACCGGGCGAUCCCGGUCACAACGGUUCGCCGGGCCGGGACGGCCGAGACGGACUCAGAGGGGACAAAGGAGACCAAGGUGAACUUGGUCCUCCUGGACCAGCCGGUGUUGACGGCCUCAAGGGAAGCAAAGGAGACACCGGUCCAAACGGUCUAGUCGGAUCUAAAGGGAAAAAAGGAGAUAAUGGAGAAAAGGGGCCUCCUGGGAAAAUGGGGCCCCAAGGAAUACAGGGACCACCUGGCCCUAAGGGAAGUAAGGGUGAGCUUGGUCUGCCAGGACCCCAAGGAACUAAAGGAGAUUUAGGGCCUGCAGGACCACAUGGUCCAAAGGGGGAAGUUGGACUCAGAGGUGACAGAGGUAUCCAGGGGCCACUGGGGGCCCCGGGGAAGCCAGGCCCUAAGGGAGAUAUGGGCGUUCCGGGUCACAAGGGGAGCAUCGGGUACCGAGGGGAAAGGGGCGCCCGGGGUGAGAAGGGCGAUGGCGGUGAAAAGGGAGAGUCUCCUGUCAUCUCCAAAAGUGCCUUCUCCGUGGGACUCACAGCACGUAGCAAACUUCCACCCGCCAACGCGCCGAUCCGAUUCGACAAGAUCAUUUACAACCAACAGAACCACUACGACCCACAGACAGGGAGAUUCACAUGCCCCGUGGCCGGCGCCUACUUCUUCACCUACCACAUCACCGUCUUCUCCAGGAACGUGAAAGUGGCCCUGGUGAAGAACGGGGCAAAGAUCAUCCACACCAUGGACAACUACCAGACCAGCGAGGACCAGGCAGCAGGGGGCGCUGUGCUGCACCUGGAUGUGGGGGACAGAGUGUGGCUGCAGGUGGUUGGAGGAGAGCUGUUCAAUGGGCUCUUUGCUGACGAGGAUGACGACACGACCUUCUCUGGGUUCAUAAUCUUUGGAGCUUGAUUAAAGCUUUUUUUAAUGGUUGUUGGAACAUCUCUGCUAAUAUAAAACAAAUCAAUUUAAGUUCAACAGUAUAAAAAAUCAAUUAUGUUUCUUUGUGUAACACCACAACUUUGCAGAAGGGACUCCGAGUUAACGUCAGUUUCAUUUUAAUCUAGUUACUAUCCAAUGAAGUCGAUUUAAUUCAAAGUUGUUUCAUAGAUCAAACCGAUUAUAAAUAAAUAAGUUUACCUAAAAUCUCAUGAAGGUUCAUUUCCAAUCACUCAAGUCUGUUGCAUAAAGAGGCUGUUUCUGAUGGAUUUCACUGCUUCUAAAAUGUGCUUCUUCCUUUCUACCGCUUUAAACAGAAUAUGACUUUUUCAAUGUAGGUUCGGCUAAAUAAAACCGAACAUGCAAAAGAUUUCUUAGAUUUUGCCUACCACAAGCCUUUAACGGUUCAUGAAUUGAAAUGAUUCAUCAAAGAAGAUUAAAGUUAGAUUCCAACAUAA